AAAACAGACAAUGUCACUGACAAGGUAUUUCAGGUCCUAUCCUUAGGGGCUGAUGUUCUACCAGAAUAUAAACUCCAGACGCCUCGCAUCAACAAGUUUACUAUAUUGCACUAUAGUCCUUUCAAAGCCGUCUGGGACUGGCUCAUUUUGUUGCUGGUAAUAUACACUGCCAUAUUCACCCCUUACUCUGCUGCCUUCCUUCUGAAUGAUAGUGAGGAACGGAAGAGGAGAGAGUGUGGAUAUUCCUGCAGCCCACUGAAUGUUGUAGAUUUAAUUGUGGAUAUUAUGUUUAUCAUUGACAUUCUAAUAAACUUCAGAACAACAUAUGUAAACCAGAAUGAAGAAGUGGUAAGUGACCCAGCAAAAAUAGCAAUUCACUACUUCAAAGGCUGGUUCCUAAUUGACAUGGUUGCUGCAAUACCUUUUGACCUUCUGAUUUUUGGCUCUGGCUCUGAAGAGACAACAACAUUAAUAGGUCUUCUGAAGACAGCUAGACUGCUGCGUCUGGUGAGGGUAGCACGGAAAUUGGACAGAUAUUCUGAAUAUGGUGCUGCAGUUCUGAUGCUCCUCAUGUGCAUAUUUGCACUUAUUGCACACUGGCUUGCUUGCAUUUGGUAUGCCAUUGGAAAUGUAGAAAGACCUUACUUGGCUCACAAGAUUGGCUGGUUGGAUUCUUUAGGAGAACAACUAGGGAAGCAUUACAAUAAGAGUGAUGCAAGCUCUGGACCAUCCAUCAAGGACAAAUAUGUUACAGCACUUUAUUUUACCUUCAGCAGUCUGACAAGUGUAGGAUUUGGAAAUGUGUCUCCAAACACCAACUCAGAGAAAAUCUUUUCCAUCUGUGUCAUGUUGAUUGGCUCAUUAAUGUAUGCUAGCAUUUUUGGAAACGUAUCUGCAAUAAUCCAAAGACUCUACUCGGGGACUGCACGGUAUCACAUGCAGAUGCUGCGAGUAAAGGAGUUCAUACGCUUUCAUCAAAUCCCAAACCCUCUGCGGCAGCGACUUGAGGAAUACUUCCAGCAUGCGUGGACAUACACCAAUGGCAUUGACAUGAACAUGGUCCUGAAGGGGUUUCCAGAAUGCUUACAAGCUGACAUUUGUCUGCACCUCAACCAAAAUUUGCUUCAGAAUUGCAAAGCUUUCCGGGGGGCCAGUAAAGGCUGUCUUCGAGCUUUAGCUAUGAAAUUUAAGACAACACAUGCACCUCCUGGAGACACUUUAGUGCACUGUGGAGAUGUUAUCACUGCUCUUUAUUUUGUGUCAAGAGGCUCCAUUGAAAUCCUUAAGAGUGACAUUGUUGUAGCUAUUCUUGGGAAAAAUGAUAUUUUUGGAGAGAUGGUACAUCUUUAUGCAAAACCAGGAAAGUCAAAUGCAGAUGUGAGAGCUUUAACUUACUGUGACUUACAUAAGAUCCAGAGAGAAGAUCUACUAGAAGUGUUGGAUAUGUACCCUGAAUUUUCUGAUCUCUUCCUCACCAAUCUAGAACUGACUUUUAAUCUGAGAGAUGAAACUGCAAAGUCUGACCUCGUAAUAAGAUCACAAACUACUAAUGAUAUGGAUGGAGAUAACUGCAAACUACGAAGACGGAAAUUGUCCUUUCAAAGUGAAAUAGAGAAAGAUUAUUUCAAAGAGAAUGAUCAGAGUGAUCCUGAGCCCUCAGGUGACACCACCAGAAAUUAUCAAUCUAUUAAGAAACAUUUUGAAGAGAAAAAAAGUGGUUCCUCAUCUUUUGUGUCCUCCAUUGAAGAUGAGCAAAAGCCCCUGUUUUCUGGGAUAGCUGAUUACCCGUCUGUAACAGAGAAAACCACAGAGAUGGACUUCGAAGAAAUGGAUCAUGACACAGAAGAAAUUUUUAUUGAUAAAAGAAGCAAUUCUUGCAAAGAUAUCUCCGAUAAAAGAAACUGGGAGCAGGAGAACAUCCAGGAGUACCAGGACUCCACAAUUCAACCAGCAUUACCCCAUGUUACAUGGGGGAUCUGUGAAACUGAAAGUGAUUUUAUAUAUGGGGAAGUCGAGAAUCGAUUAGAUUUACUUCAAGAACAACUCAACAGGCUUGAAUCUCAAAUGACUGCUGAUAUCCAAACCAUUCUGCAACUUCUGCAAAGGCAGUCAGCACUCAUUCCACCUGCCUAUAGCAUGGUGACUGCAGGUGCAGAGUUUCAGCAGCCAGCAAUGCGGGUGAUUCAGAAGCUUCAGCCUGCAGCAGCAAUUAAAACAGAUAGAAGUUUCAGUCCUUCAUCUCAGUGUCCUGAAUUUCUAGACGUUGAAAAAUCAAAACUUAAAUCCAAAGAAUCCGUCUCAAGUGGAGUGCAUCUGAACACAGCCUCAGAAGACAACCUGACUUCUUUUCUAGACCAAGAACGUGACCAGUCUGUAGAGCAUCCCCCACAGCAUUGUAAACCUUGUCUCCCACCAAUUAGGCACCCUUCCUUGCCAGAAUCUUCACUAAGCACUGUAGGAAUCUUGAGUCUUCAUAGGCAUGUUUCUGAUCCUGGUCUUCCUGGGAAAUAAUACUUUUAUACUAUUACUUCACAUAAAAAUGUAAGUGCUUUUAAUGGCUGGUUUUCCUUUUUUUUUUUCUUUUUUGUAUUUAAAUCCUCUAUACUUGACUCAGGGGCUACAAGGAAUAUACCAUUAUAUGCAAAAGUACUGUAUAUUUUCCUAAAUCUGAUGCUUGUAAGGUAAAUUUGAGCAGUUCUGAUG